AUGGCGAAACCCCAACCAAAUUUGGAAGAACUCCCCGAGGAGAUCAUUCUUCACAUACUAAGAAUGGUGCACGACACGCCAAUUCCCGACUUUCAUCUUCGCAAGUGGGGUUAUCAAGACGAUAGUUGGUUCGAGUACGACCAGAGCACGCGAGAUAUUCAGAACGUCCGACUCACAAGCCGAUCCCUCAGUAGAAUCGGUUCAGAGCUCCUCAUCGAGUACGUCGGACUUGAUCUUAGCUUGGAAUCUCUUACACGCUUUCAAACGAUCAUGGCACACCCCGGGAUUCGAAAAGGGGUGGGCAUGAUACGCAUUCGACUACCAGCUUACCAAUGGCACUUGUGCGUGGAAGAGAUGACCUAUGAGAAAAAAAAGCUCGACGUUGGGAGAAUUGCUAUUUGUUUGGGUCCGGAAGGCGAGACGCCCGCAUCAUUGUGUUCUGGGUGGCGGGAUUGCCCUCAGACGCCGGACGAGGUAAAGGCAGCGAUCGAGCAGUCGCGCCGAGAAUACAGGAAGCGAUUCCAAGCACAGCAACGUUUUCUCAAGGAUCCUCAAGAUUUCCUUCAAGGCGUUUCCAAUGCGUUGAAGAUGAGCAACAAUAAGGCGAUAAGGGUUGAGUUUACGGACAUGAACGACUUACCGCAGCAGUUCCGGUUCCGCCAAUCAGUAGAGCGGGCCGAAGUGGAAAACCAUCUGGACCUCCUUCUAAGAGCUCCACUUUCGCCUCGCCCAUGGUGUGUAUCUGCCUAUGACGAUGGCAACGAACCAGAGUUUCACCAGGGCCUUGCUCCGUUGAUACUCCAUAUAUUAGCAGCAUUUGCAGAUGAGCGCAUCAAUAUCGUCAGCCUCAAGCUCCGAAUUUCCUCGGUAAACAGCAGUGACCGCAAGGUCCUUGGGAAAAUGGAGAGUGAACUGGGACCGGUUCGCGGGGCCUGCACAGCUAUGCGGAACCUGCGAAGGUUCAAAUACCUCAACAUGGAGUCAACUAACCCUCUACUGGCAUCGGAAGGGGGAACUCACCGAGAACUGAGCACACUGCUUUACCGCUGCCUCCCACCAUCACUCCGGGUCCUGGAGCUGUGGGGCCCUACCGAUCUCGAUUGGCUCCGGUGCCGCUUACCCAGUCUCACCCAGAUCACGCUUGACUCACUCGAAGUGCGCGCCGAAGGCCUCGAGCCCAUGCUGCGGUGGCUCCAGCCCCAUGAGACUGACAUCACUUUGAGAAGAUGUCACAACGAAAUAGCCACCUGGGAUGCUAUCCUGGAUCUCCUCAGGUCAAAGCAACGCAAUACCCGCUUGAUUCAGCCCUCUGGGUUGGAAUUCGGACUGGCUCAGCAAACAGGAAGAUUUUCGUCAUUGUACUCGCCUGAGGAACGUGCGAAUCGUAUCAGGGUUUCAGAGCAGUACAUCCGAGGAGAUCUCGAUACGAACCCUUUCAGGCCAACUCGGAAGUCUUGA